AUGGAACCUUCUGAUAAUAUUACCCCUAAUCUUUGGGAUAUUGCGAGAAAGCGGCUGACAAAUACUGAGGAGGCACAACUUGCCAAAGCCGCUGUCGACAACAAUACUCUUUCGCAGCAGCUUCUCGAGCUGGUGCAAGGGAAACAGCAACAAUGCAUGGAUCGCAGAUGGAAGUUCAGACAAUCGAAUGGGGAAGUGGUUGUUGUCAGGGAUGUCUUCGAAAAAGUCGUUCGGUGGCUCCAACGGUUCAAGGAGGUUGGAGACGUCGCGACCCAAUACGAUCCCGCACACGCCGCACUUCCUUGGGCCGGCGUACGAAUGCUACUUCAAAUUGCAAUCAACGACGCAGAAUCGCUCGGUACAAUAGCCGAGGGUAUCGAGACUGUAUCGAGUCUCAUCACACGCUGCGCCGUUUUGGAAACCAUCCACCUCCCGCCGCACCGCUACCCCUUGUCAAAGGCACAUGCUACGCUUCAAGACGCUUUGGUCGCACUGUACACCGCCAUCCUAUCUUGGUUAUCAGUAGCUGGUGCAUACUACGAAAAGCACCUGAUCAAAAGGUUGCUCCGCAGCAUUGUGUCUUCAGGCCCAACCUUGACAUCAAUAUUUCAAGAAGAACGCAAGGUUUCUCAAUUGGCCACAAGCUUACACGAUCAACUUGCUUCAAGCACUGCUGUGGCCGUUAAGUCAUUGGACAUUAGCUUCAACUCUCUGAUGAGCAUGUUCCGGGACUUGGAAAAACCCAUUGCCCGCGUUGCCGGCACGCUCGAUCGAAUAGAGCGAAGCUUGGAAGCCAAAGAACGUCAACAACUUGUAGAAUGGCUAUCCGGAAUUGAUGGAAACCCUCCCAGUUCACUCGUCAUCAUGGGUACCAUCUUGAGGCAGCUAGCAUUUCUUGUACCGGGUGGAGGUGUCCAUCACUCGGCGUGGGACGAGUAUUCCCAGCGGGUCAAAGACUCCGAAGGGCUGGAACCGACUCCCCUUUCUCUUGACGACUGUCGAGACCUCAUCAUUUUGAUCACAGCCGAUUACCCUACGACAAUCAUCAUCGACGGACUGGACGAAGCAGAGGGGGACAUUCGUGAACUUCUAAACAUCCUCCAGCACAUCAUCGAUGAAUCACAAAAUACUGUGAAGCUUUUUCUUUCGAGUCGCGAUAGCAUACCUGUUGAUAUUCAUCUCCAGAAUGUGAGGUCAAUCCGAGUGACCCAUGUCGACAAUGCCAAAGACGUCUCUACUUUCGUGAAAUCCAAGGUCGGCACAGCUGUGCAAUACAAAAGGCUGCUCAGGGGUAAGAUCUCCGCGGAAGUGGAGACGCGCAUCGUUCGUACACUCACACAUGGCUCGAGAGAGAUGUUCCUUUGGGCGUCUCUGAACCUCGAGCAGCUAUGUGGUUCCGAGUUUGAAGUAGAAGCGGAUGUUAUGGACGAACUCGAAUCAUUGCGGGCACCGAAGUCUCUGCUAGAAACGCUGGAGCAGAUGUAUCGGCGGGUGCAGCAGUAUAAGCCGAAAGCAAGACAAAUUACGAACAUCGUUUUUGGAUGGUUGCUUGUGUCUGAACGCCAGCUCUCAAAUCCGGAGCUCCUGGACAUCAUUCGUUUAACCGUGAACAAGAGGCUAGGGGGGGUCGACUAG